AUGAUUUCAACAGAUACGGCAUUGCGUCAGUUGAACGAGACAGGCUCAAAAUACCCUCUCAUCGUCAAGCUGGGCACGAUCUCAGCAGACUCAGCAGACGUCUUCUCCUACGCCCCAGACGAAGAUAGCACUGUCAUCGACCCCAAGCUGCCGGAGCACCUAGCGAGGUUUGGCAUAGAGACGCAACAGCUUCGCAAGACAGAACGCAGCACCAAUGAGUUAGCGAUCGACUUGAAUUGCAAGUACGACUGGGCCUCUUUAACUGCCUCUGCAGCAGAACAGCAGCAGCAGCAGCAGAGAGGAGCGGGCUUCGCGUUGUUUAGCAUCCCCCGGUUUGGCGAGAAGUUUCUGCGUAUGUAUGAGCCGCUAAUUUGCUGCCAGGGCUUGCCCUCAGCAGCAGCAGCGGCAGCAGGAGGGGGUCCGGGAAGGAACCUCUCGCUGCAGCUGGGCGCUCUGUCUGUGGCGCUGCAGACGCGGCGAGUAUGCAUGCAGAAGGCCUUGGGGAUGGCGCUGCUGCAGAAAGCACUGCGGCAAAAGGACGUCCAAAUCGACGAGAAACAGCUUAUCAACGGUAUGCUUUUUCAUCUGCUGCUGCUUCCGCUGCUGCUGCUAGUGUUUGAGGGAGAUGGUGUGAGCGCCUCCAUCUGCUGCAGUAGCAGCGGUUGCUGCCGCAGCAGUCAGGGCGACAGCGCACCUUCCCGCUGCUGCUGA